AUGAAAGGUAGCAAGGAGCCGUUUUUUGUGAAAUUCGUAAAGUCCUCCGGGAGCUCAGAGUAUUUUCUUAAAGCUCUUGAGUCUAUAAAAGAAUUUCAGUCCGAAAAACAUCUCCAGAUCCUUGAAGAAGAAACAGCACUCACUAUAAAAGAAAAUGACAAAUCACUUUACAUCUGUGAUCCUUUUAGAGGCGUUGUUUUCAAUCAUCUUAAAAAGCUCGGUUGUAGGAUUGUUGGCCCGCAGGCUGUCCUGUACUGCAUGCAGUCGCAGCGCUGCGUCCCGAGAGCUGAGUACCCCGUGUACAACAUGACCAUGGCCGAUGUGACAGUGUCCUGUACCAGCCUGGAAAAAGACAUUCGGGAAGAAGUUCAUAAAUAUGUGCAGAUGAUGGGUGGAUGUGUGUACAGAGACCUCAAUGUGUCAGUAACUCAUCUGAUAGCUGGAGAAGUUGGCAGCAAGAAAUACUUAGUAGCUGCUUCUCUGAAAAAACCUAUUUUACUUCCUUCUUGGGUUAAGGCACUGUGGGAUAAGUCUCAGCAAAGCAUAAUGAGGUACACGGAUGUUAACAUGGAGGACUACGCUUGCCCCGUGUUCCUCGGCUGUACGAUUUGCGUGACUGGCUUAAGCAGCUCGGACAGGAAGGAAGUCCAGCGCCUCACUGCUGAACAUGGCGGGCAAUAUACCGGGCAGCUCAAGAUGAACGAAUGCACCCACCUCAUAGUUCAGGAGCCAAAAGGUCAGAAGUAUGAAUGCGCCAAAAAAUGGAACGUGCACUGCGUGUCUCUGCAGUGGUUUUCUGACAGCAUUGAGAAAGGCUUCUGUCAGGAUGAGGCAAUUUAUAAAGUAGAAGCUGGAUCAAAACUGAGUAACCCCAGUACAUCAACACCUGCGAAUCAUGCCAGCAAGCUCGAUAAUCAUACCCUUUCGGACGUCAGCCACAUUUCCAAUAUCAAUUUGAGUGGUGUUAAUGAAACCACGUGUAGUUCUGCUAUGAGUAGCAGCCUGGAUCCUCAUCCUGAUGAGCUGGAAAACUUGGAUAUAAGUUCUUUUCAUGCCCCUGAAGAUUUGUUAGACGGGUGUCGAAUCUAUCUGUGUGGCUUCAGUGGCAGGAAGUUGGACAAGAUGAGGCGACUCAUUAAUUGUGGUGGUGGUGUUCGAUUUAACCAACUUAAUGAAGAUGUUACCCAUGUCAUUUGGGGGGAAAAUAAUGAUGAGCUGAAACACUUUUUGGAUAAGAAAGCUCACAGGCCUCAUGUAGUGACAGCAAAAUGGUUGCUGGAGUCAUUUAGUAAAGGUUAUCUACAUCCAGUGGAGCAAUAUAUCCCUCCAAACUACCAGCUGUUAGAGAACCCAAUUUUGGAGCAACCUGGAAAGAAGUCAGUUCUUCUCAAAAAUAGCAAUCUCAUGAAGAAAGAAGCUGUGAAUGUUACAAAGCACCAGAAAGCUGCUGAAGAUUACUUCCUCUCUCAAUAUAUAAAUAAUGAUUCUACAUUAGAUGAAGUUGAAAAAUUAACUUCCGGAACCUUUGAUGACGUUACUCACUUGACUGAUCAAGGAGAGAGUUACUCUUCUGCCUAUAACGUUUCUAUGGGAGAGUCUUCUGCACUGGCUGGAGGAGGCAUAUUUACCAGAAAGAGAUUUCUUCUUUUGGGCUUUGAAGAGGAGGACGACUGCUGCAUCGCAGACCUCAUAAAGGAGAACGCUGGGAAAAUCCUGCCGCCGCAAAGCAGAACCAUCGCAGACUAUGCUGUGGUGCCUCUGCUGGGCUGCACGGUGAAGGUGACUGUUGGCGACGUUGUCACAGAUACGUGGCUGAAAACCUGUGUGGAACAGCAGCUCCUUUUAGAUCCUCAGUCCAACCCACUUUUCACACCAGUCCCAGUAAUGGAAGGAGUUACACCCCUGGAAAACUGCGUUCUUUCUUUUAGCCAAUUCACUGGCGCAGAGAGAAACUCCCUGGUUUAUCUGGCAGGACUGCUGGGAGCCAGAGUCCAAGAAUUCUUUGUGCGGAAAGCCAAUGCCAAAAAGGGAAUGUUUGCCAGCACCCAUCUCGUGGCAAGAGAACCGGAUGGUUCCAAGUAUGAAGCUGCAAAGAAGUGGAAUUUGCCAGCAGUCACUGUCCCUUGGCUUUUGCAGUCUGCAAGGACAGGAAAGAGAGCAGAUGAAAGCAAGUUCUUGGUUGAAAAUGCAGAGACUGAAGAUGAGAGUUCCAUUACUCAGCUUAGCAAGACACCAGCAGCUGGUAAAUCUCCCAAUCCAGAACAACCGACGUACCUCCUUGAAGUUGGAAAACAAACAGCUGUGACCCCUCUUGAUAUCAACAGGUUCCAGAGUAAAGCUUUCCGAACUGUAAUCUCUCAUCACAUUGGGAAGACAACCCCUCUUGCACAGGGGGGACCGCCACAGAAAGAACCAUCCUUACAUCUUGAUACACCAUCAAAAUUUCUUUCCAAAGACAAGUUAUUCAAGCCUUCUUUUGAUGUAAAGGACGCUCUGGCAGCUUUGGAAACUCCAAGAGGUCCCGAUCAGAAAACCAGGAAGCUGAGCACACCUCUCUCUGAAGUCAUCGGCAGAAACUUGAAACUGGCCCUGGCAAACAGCACGAGGCACGCCGCCAACCCACAGCUGGCUGUGGUGCAGCCAGAAGCGGAAGAAGAGCGCAAGCCUUUAGCCAACCUCGUUAUCUACGUUAGUAAAAAACUCAGUACAAAGCAAAGCGAGCUGAACGCAGUAGCAGCUUCUCUUGGGGCAGAUUACAGAUGGUGCUUUGAUGAAACAGUAACACACUUCAUCUACAAGGGAGGACAAAAUGACAACAAUAAGGAGUACAAAUCCGUUAAAGAACGGGGCAUACACAUCGUUUCAGAACACUGGCUUUUAGAGAGCGCCCAAGAAUACAAACGGCUUCCUGAAUCUCUCUAUCCUCACACUUACAAUCCCAAAAUGAGCCUGGACAUCAGUGCAACGCAAGAUGUCAGGCUCUCCUCCUCCAGUAAACUUCACUCAACUGGAAAACCAGCGGAGGAAAAUGAGAUUAUUCCAGUGGAUGAGGAUUAUGCUGAAGAUGAUCUAACUACUGACCAAAUAAAGGAAACUGUUGUUACAGGGGGAGAACAAAUUGUAACAAGUGAAUCCAAGGGAGUUCUAACUCAAGCAUUAGAAAUGAGAGAAAACUUCCAAAGGCAGCUGCAGGAGAUCAUGUCUGCCACGUCACUGGUGAAACCACAAGGGCAAAGAGGAUCCCUUUCUAGGAGCAGUUUUGAUGGUUCUCCCACCACUCCCGAUAGCACACGCUCUGUGCGAAAUGGCCGCAGCAGGGCCUUGGAAGCCCUAAGGCAGUCCCGUCAGGCACUCGCAGAAGUAAACACAGAACCGUCCCAGAGCGAGCAGAUUGUCUGGGAUGAUCCUACUGCACGGGAGGAGAGAGCAAGGCUUGUUAGCAACUUUCAGUGGCCCAACAGUCCUUCCCAGUACACUGAGCAAGGCCAGAGUAACGCCAGUAAGAAUGUGGAUGAGUCCGCCUUCAAAGGAUCUUCAGCUGCCAUGGAGAUCGCUGGUACAG